GAAGGGAGGCUGCACAACUCGGGGGAGAGAAGUCAGCUGCGGUCCAGUGCCUACAAAGACUACCAUGGCCAAGGAGUGGGGUUACGCGAGCCACAACGGUCCUGACCACUGGCAUGAACUUUAUCCCAUUGCCAAGGGAGACAACCAGUCGCCCAUCGAACUGCAUACUAAAGACAUCAAGCACGACCCUUCUCUGCAGCCGUGGUCAGCGUCUUACGAUCCUGGCUCUUGCAAGAGCAUCUUGAACAAUGGGAAGACCUGCAGGGUUGUGUUUGAUGAUACUUUCGAUAGGUCAAUGCUGAGGGGCGGUCCUCUCACUGGACCCUACCGGCUUCGCCAGUUCCAUCUUCACUGGGGCUCCUCUGAUGACCAUGGCUCUGAGCACACCGUGGAUGGAGUCAAGUAUGCGGCAGAGCUUCAUUUGGUUCACUGGAAUCCAAAGUAUAACACCUUUGGAGAAGCUCUGAAGCAACCCGAUGGGAUAGCUGUGGUUGGCAUUUUUCUGAAGAUAGGACGUGAGAAAGGCGAGUUCCAGCUGGUCCUUGAUGCACUGGACAAAAUUAAGACAAAGGGCAAGGAGGCACCCUUCACACAUUUUGACCCAUCCUGCCUGUUCCCCGCCUGCCGGGACUACUGGACCUACCACGGCUCCUUCACCACGCCGCCCUGUGAGGAGUGCAUUGUGUGGCUCCUGCUGAAGGAGCCCAUCACCGUGAGCUCUGACCAGAUGGCAAAGCUGCGGAGCCUCUUUUCCAGUGCUGAGAACGAGCCCCCAGUGCCCCUGGUGGGGAACUGGCGCCCUCCACAGCCGAUCAAGGGCAGGGUGGUGAGAGCCUCCUUCAAAUGAGGCUGCCGGAGCUUGCCCUCUUCAGGAAAGGAAACCUGCCAUUGGAGAGCUUGGUUCCUUGUCUCCUCUUGGUGCUCCUUCCUCCAAGUAUAUUUCAGCUUUCCACACCACGCAAUGAGUGCCAGAGUUUAAUAACCGAGAAACCAAAGUUACUUUUGACAAGACAUAAUAUGGAAAACUUUUGGCCUUUGUAAUAAUCACCUUUCCUACAAAAGAAACAUUGUUAGUAAGAUUUCAGAGAAGAAACAGGUGGGAGAGUAAAGAUAUAGAAAAAUGGG